AUGUUCACGCGUCUGCCGUCUUGGAGAGUCAUGGACCAUUGGAGGCUGGUGCGGCUGCAUCCUCAUCAUAGAAGGCAGCAGCAGCCCAUGCCCAUUUGGACUGCGCGCCGUCACUGCGGCUGCACCACGGCGAUCGGAAUAGACAUUGCGUCCAUCCAGCUGGGCGCUACACCACCCGCAGCUGCAACGCUGCGCGGCCGUGUGGAACACGUGCGUGUUCGUGGCAAGUUGGCGUUCAUUCACCUCCGUCAGCCCCCAUUCCACUCCAUCCAGGUGGUGGCGGUGGGCGCAGGCAUGGCGCGACAAGUAAAGGACCUCACACCGGAGUCUAUUGUCGACGUGACGGGUGCUGUCGUGCCUGCCGAAAAACCGGUUACGUCUGUCAGCUGCACCAACUAUGAGCUCCACGCGGAACGCAUACAUGUUGUGAGCAAGGCCGAUACGCCGCUUCCGUUCCCGAUAAAGGACUGUCACACCAAACUCGACACGCGCCUCAACCACCGUGUCGUGGACCUGCGCACACCGCUGAUGGCGUCCAUGCUCCGCAUUGUGUCCGCCAUUUGUCAAUGUUUCCGCGAGAAGCUACUCGCCCGAGGCUUUCUGGAGAUUCACACGCCGAAGUUGAUUGGCACCGCGUCAGAGGGUGGCAGUGCGGUAUUUUCGCUUGACUACUUUGACCAGCGGGGUUAUUUGGCACAGUCACCACAGCUCUAUAAGCAGAUGGCACUAAUGGGUGAUGCGAUGCGCGUGUUUGAAAUUGCGCCGGUGUUUCGCGCCGAGAAGAGUCUCACACACCGACACCUCACCGAGUUCGUUGGGCUCGACGCGGAACUCGUCAUUGGUGAGUCGUACACAGAGGUGCUCGAUGUGUUGGAGGCGACGGUGUGCGGCAUGAUCGAGCACGUCCAGACACAGCAUUCGGCGUUGGUGCAGCAGGCGCAAAAAUCACUGGCCGAGCUUGACGCCGCAGAGAGCAGCAAUACGAGUCCAACAACAAGUGAGCGAUCCCCACCGCCCACCGCAAUUGUGUGUGAGGUUGCGGAGGAGACCAUCGCCAGGUAUCAGCUGACGACAAGUGACGCAACAGCAACCGAAGGUAAUGCGGCUGUAGCCUCGUUGGACCGCUACCAUGGCCGCGUGGGCGGUGGGCGGCCACGAGUGCUGCGCCUCGCCUUCUGUGAUGCGGUGCAGAUGCUGCUGGACCACAAUGUGAUAUCGCAGCCAGUGACGGACUUCACCCUCCCACAGGAGCGGCGCCUCGGGGAGUUGGUGCGGGAGCGCUACGGCGUGGAUGUCUACAUCGUCGACCAGUUCCCCACCAGCGCCCGGCCAUUCUACACGAUGCCACACCCGUGCAAGGCGGACGUGACGUGCAGCUUCGACAUGUACCUUCGCGGCGAGGAGAUCUGCAGCGGAGCGCAGCGUGUCCACGACCCGGCCCUCCUGCUGCAAAACAUGCAGCGGCUGCAGGUGGACGCGGCGCAGAUGACGGACUACGUGUCCGCCUUCCGCUACGGCGCGUGGCCGCACGGCGGCUUCGGGCUCGGACUGGAGCGCAUCGCCCUCUUCCUCCUCGGUGCGCGGGAUAUCCGGCAGGUCUCGCUCUUCCCACGCGACCCGAAGCGACUGGCGCCGUAG